AUGGCGGUCGACUCGGUGUCUGAGGAGAAAGGUCGACAGGAAGACGGGCAAGACGAACGAGACGGGCAAGACGAACGAGAGGACGGUGCACGGCGGGAUGGGAGAGAGCCCUUCCUGCUGCUGUCACCGACCCAGCAUGCGCCGGCGAACGGCCUGGCGAUGGACGGCUCCUCGCACCAGAGAGGCCACGGCCAUACCCACGCCCGAUCCCGCUCCCUGGCGGCGCCGUCGAGCGCGCCCGUCAUGGCCAGGGCGCACUCCUCCCCCGGGCUCGACUCGAGAGGCAGAAUCGUCUUUCCCCGGAGCAGUCCAGGCAAGGCCUCGUCUCCCGUCGCUGUCGGUUACGGGGCCCCUCCCCUUGGGCCCCAAGAGCUCCCCUUGCGUCGUCCCAGUCCGCUACGGACCUCCUUCGAGGGCCAGGCAGAGCAUCAUCAUCAUCAUCACCACCAGCAGCAGCACGGCGGUGGACACGGGAUAACGGCCAUCUCAGAGCCCAUCUCAGAGCAGCCGGAGCUGCAGGCCUCGCCGGUAUCCUACACCAGCCAUCCCGGUAGCGGUGGCAGCACCAUGGCCGGCAGGACGGGGAGCGGCCGUUCAGUCUCGCCGUCGUGGUCCCCGGCCGUCCACAACACCCUUCCGCGUGUCUCCCGGCGUCGACCGUCCUCCCCCUUGCUCCCCAACUACACGUCAAACGGCCACGCCGGCGUCCUUGCUCCCACCUCGUCCGCGUCGUCAGCCGCCUCGUCCCCCUCGUCACGGCCCUCUCCGCUCAUCCUGCCCAAGUUCAACGAGCCGUACCCGGUCUACCCCUUCUCCCUCGCCUCCUCCAUGCCCUCCACCCCGACCAGCAUCCGGUCUCGCUCCCCCAGCAUCUCCUCGCUCGAGACCAUACCGGACAUCCCGGACGCAGAGGCCGCCGCCAUCGAGGCCGACCAGAUCGCCCGUCUCAAGGCCGCCGCCGACAGGGCCGAUGCUGCAGCGGCUGGCGGCUUCCUCGCCUCCUCUGCCGACCUGAAGAGACGCAGCGCCCUCGACAUGUCUCCCUCCCUUGGCUCCCGCUUUGGCUCCGGCUGGGCCGACAAGCGGAAGCGCUGGAGCGUCUGCGGCGCCGAAGGCAGACAGGACCUCGACCUCGAAACCAUAUGGGAGGACUAG